AACGGUACACGAUAUCCCCAUCCCAGAGAUGCACAAUACAACCGCACCUUCGUUUCUUCCCUACCUUGACUUUUAGACUACUUGCAAAAUAUGAAGAUUUCCUUUGCUCUCCUUGCCCUGGCCACCACCGCUGUGUUUGCCGCGCCCACGCCCGACACUUACGAUAAGCGCGCAGUCGUCAACUUUGCUGCUCUGCAGCAGGCCGCCAAGAGCUACAGCUCACAGGCCAUACAGAUUCGCAACGCCAUCGACCAACUGCAGAAAACCAAAAACCAAAUUUCAGGCAGCCUGUCGGGCAAGACAAAGUCGGACCUGAACGCCGCUCAUUACAAGGCGAUUGGGAACCUGGAUGCCGCAGCAAAAGCGGUGUCAAGCAUGGCUGGACAGAUUAACAAGCUUAUUGCCUCGUACCAAGGCGCCGAAGGCAGGAACCCGGACUUUUUCAACUAGAAUGUCUUCUCCGUAGACUCUUUUCAAAAGUAUAUGAACGCGCUUUCAGAUAAUGCUAAUUGCUUUUAUGCCAACCAAGAGCACGC